GAUUUUUUUUUUUGCGGAUAGACGAAAAUAUUGCGAAAAGAAUAAUUUUUGUAAACUACUAAUUGCAAACAAAAGUAAGUUGGAAUAAACAAAUUCAACCAACCUUUGAUUCCGGCUUUAUUUUUGCCGGUGGCGCGAAAAAAAGUACACACUGCGCGCGUGCGUUGGCCAAGCAUCGAUUUUUCCGCAACUCGGCAACGGCAACUGUAGGCAGGCACUCGGCUUAAGCGCUGGACUUAUUGUGUGAAGUAAAAAAUGGGUGCUUACCUUUCGCAUCCAAAGACGGAUAAAGCGUCCACAGACGAAUUCAAUGAUAUGCUCGUCGUGGGUGCCAGCUCAAUGCAAGGCUGGCGCAACAGCCAAGAGGAUGCACAUAACUCGAUAUUGAAUUUUGAUACGGACACAUCGUUCUUUGCCGUGUACGAUGGUCAUGGCGGUGCCGAGGUGGCCCAAUAUUGUGCCGAUAAACUUCCAAAGUUCCUUCAGAGCCUAGACAGCUAUAAGAACGGCCAGCUGGAACAAGCGCUCAAGGAUGCAUUUCUGGGCUUUGAUAAGACUUUGCUUGAUCCAGCAGUGGUAAAUAUAUUAAAAAUCUUAGCUGGCGAGCACAAUAUUGUAGAUGAGGACGGUGAGGGCUUUGAUGACGAGGACGACGUUGAAGACUUGGCUGAGCUGCAUGAAGAGAGCCAUUUGCCAUUAACUGAGGUUCUUGAGAAAUACAAAGGCCUACCACAAACACAUGACCUUUCAUUGCUGAAGGAGGAAAAUGCAACCGGCACAUUGUCAUCGAGCCUGCGUGGUCGUCGUGCUGCUGCUGUUGCUGCUGAAGCGGUCAAUAAGGCUGUUAUGGAUCCAACAGCAAAGCCCCCAGGUUCCUCAACCUCAGCAGCAGCUGUAGCUGCAUUCAACGAAGUCGACGGAGCUGGUCCCAGUAGCUCAAGAGUAGGCAAAGUUGAGCCGGAAGAUGAGUCGACAGUGAGCAGCAGCAGUUCAAGUGCUAGCAAAACCACCAAUUCCUCGAGCACAACUAACACUCCUAAGGACGAAUCCGUCGCAAGCAAAACUCCGCCGACCAGCAGCCCGGUCGUUGCACCCAUCGAGCAAAAUGGCAGUGUCACUUCUUCAGAAGCCAAAGCUGCGGUUGUAGUUGACAAUAAAGAAGCCGGCGCAUCGGAAGAUGCUGUUGUGUCCGCUUCCAGUGACGUCGCAGAGGCAAAGUCCAACGGCAGCGUAGAGAAACAAGCAGCAGAAGCCAAGCCAGAGCCCGCUGACAUCUCGUCCACCAGCAAGGAAUCGGAGAAAGUGCUGAAGAAAGCCAAUGCUUCUCAAGAAGAAGAGUCCGAUGAUGAUGCCGACUAUGACGAGAAUGCUGUGACUAAGGCUCAAGAAGUUGCUGCUGCGACCGAAAGUUCAUCAGAUGAAGAGAUGGAGGAUGAUAACGACGUCAACGAUGAUGACGACGAUGACGACGACGAGGACGACGACGACGAUGACGAGGAUGAAAAUGUGAGCGAUGAUGAUGAAGAUGAAGAUCAAAUGGCAAACAAUGAUUUCUGUGCCAACAUGAUUGAGGAACCAGGUAAAGAUAGCGGUUGCACUGCCGUUGUUGGCCUGUUGCAUGGUCGCGAUCUGUAUGUGGCUAAUGCUGGCGAUUCGCGUUGUGUUAUCUGUCGCAAUGGCAAAGCCAUUGAUAUGAGUCUGGAUCAUAAGCCCGAGGAUGACGAAGAGGCUGCUCGUAUUAUCAAGGCCGGUGGUCGUGUUACUCUCGAUGGCCGCGUCAAUGGAGGGCUAAAUCUUUCCCGAGCUCUGGGGGAUCAUGCUUACAAAACCAACCUGGAGCUGCCUGCUGAAGCACAGAUGAUAUCCGCAUUGCCGGAUGUGAAGAAACUAAUUAUUACUCCAGAAGAUGAAUUCAUGGUUCUGGCCUGCGAUGGCAUCUGGAAUUUUAUGUCCAGCGAGGAAGUGGUUGACUUUGUGCGUAUGCGUCUGAAAGACGGCUCCAAGAAAUUAUCGCAAAUUUGUGAAGAGCUUUUUGACAACUGCUUGGCACCAAACACAAUGGGUGACGGCACUGGUUGCGACAAUAUGACCGCUGUCAUUGUUAAAUUCGAGCAGAAGCUACAAGAACUGAAGAGCUCACUCAAUCCAGCUGAAACAGAGAGCGCCAUUCUAGAGGCAGCUCAACUAAAAAAACAGGAGAGUGAUGGCGCUGCGGAACAGAGUGGCCUAAAGCGCAGCGCUUCGCCCGAUGCCAGCGUCGAUGAUGACGCUAAUGAAUGUGAGAACAGCAGCAAAUCGAAACGCUUGAAGAUUGAGGAUGACUUAGAGUCAACGGAAGAGACUGCAAAGAUUUCCACCGAUGCCAUUAGCAGCUGCCCCGAACCAUCCGCAUCCGCUGAAGAGCAGAAUGAGGCAGCCGAACUGAACUCGAGCACAAUGGUGGUAAACUCCGACACUGAGACUCCUGCUGUUGUCGUAUCAUCCACAUAAAUUCUAUAAUUGAGGCCACAAUAGCGGUGGCUGCUGGUGCAUCCUUUUGGUCAUUAUUUCAAAGUGAGCUCUUAGAGCUAAG